AUGACUAUUUUUCUACGUGAUGAAUUCAAGAUAAUCCCAUUAUCCAUUUCUGGCUUCAGUGCAGGAGGAAUCUUGACUCUAGUUCUCAGCUCGGUGAUCUUCCCACAAGCGACAUUCAAAAAUGUCCUCGCCGUCUAUCCUCCAACAGACAUGGUUCAAAGUGCUGCAAACAAGAUUGCCCCCGAUGAAUCAAGGGAUGGUGCUCCCGGUGAGCUGCUCGAUGCGUUCGUGCGAUGCUAUCAUGCAAACCUCGAAGACGUGAAGAGUGUCCUUGCUUCACCAGCCGCUAUACCGGCUGAAAAGUUCUCAGACUGGAUUUCCCUCGUUACUGCGGCUUGUGAUCGCCUCUGUCUUGAAGGAGAGACACUCGGAAAUAAGAUCAGUAAUGCGACGGCCAAACAUGUUCAGAUGCACGGGUAUGACGGCCGUGAACAUGCAUUUGACAACGCGUACGAGAAAGGGUCUGUCCAAGAAAGAGCAAAAAAAUGA